AUGUCAGCAUCUGAUCUUAAACAUGCGUUACGAAAGUUUGAAUAUCCUGCCUGUGCAAAAGAAGCGCUGUUCAAAAUGGAACAACUUCUGAUAGGACGUUCCGCACCCUCUAGUAAACAGCAAGACAUAGCCAUGGAUAUAACUUCUGAAUUUAUAUUUUGUGAAGUCGACCGUCGCGGCGUCCGACGUGGAACUGGUCUCAAUCCUUUACAGGAGCUUCAACUUAUUGAUAUACUUAGUGAAUACAUAUCAACUUGUAAUAAUGAAACUACAAAGAACACAAUAUUUUUAUCACUUUUUGGCAGCAUGGAAAGUCAAAGAAAAUUAAAGAUUCUUAGUAUCCUAGCAAGUAUGGCUGUCUCAGCUUCUUGUACACCCGUAUUGCUUGCUUUAGGCGUAUGGCUUCAACAAAUGGGCUGUUCAUCACCACAAUCACUGAAAUUGGCUCAAAGUGUUAUACAAGAUCAUUUUUACCUAAAUACAACUAAUCAGAAUUGUUUAAAAUCAUUAGCAACAACUGCACCUCAGUUUGUAUCAAACUUUAUAACAGCAGUUACAGACUUGUAUAUGUGUGACAGUCAAGGUGCUAGUAAAAUGCCACCAAAGAAUUUACUAGAAGUUAUUACGUCAUGGGUGUACUCAAACCCAACUUUAUGUAUGUCAGCUCAGUUGAACCCAGCAGCUCUGCCGGUUGGUGCUAUUCCCAUGGCAGUUGUCACACCACUGGCAGGUUUAAUACACUGGUGUGCUCUCGCUUCUCUCUAUGUACAAGAUACUAACACUGUGGAAGAAGAGCCGCCUAUAAAGAAGAUAAAAAUAGAAUGGGAAACACAUGUAAAACCAAACACAACAAAUUAUAUUAAAGAGUCUGAACUAUACACAAAAUUACACCUAGCAGUUCUGAAUAGCUUGCGAGCAGGAAAAAGAUCUCAUCUGCCCACGGCAUCAGUUAAUGCACAACAUUUAGUAUCUUUGACACCAAUGGUUCAGUCAUAUGCACACCAACUUGUGAAAAAAGGCUUUAAGUUACAGAAUGACAAAAAAUUGCAGGAUUGCUUGGAUAGAAUUGGGCAAGCAGUCCAAGUGGCUUUAGCAAAUAACUGUGUGUAUGGAAACAUAAGUAAUCUCCUAGCUUCCUUAGAUACACUGCCUGAAAACAAACUACUUCAAAUAAUCAUCAGGAAACAUCAAUGUGUUUAA